AUGCAACGUAACGAAGGCACCAAGAGCGUGGUCCACCACCACCACCACCACCAUCACGGUCGCCGCCGCCGCCGCCCUCGCCGUCACUUUGCGCCGCCAGGCGUGGCACCUGUUGCGCCAACCACUCCGACCGGUCCCUACAUCCGCAUUGUGGAGGCCAAGUACGGCGUUGGCAAGCAUUGGGAGGAUGUCACCGACCAACUGCAGCAGCUUGUCCUAAGCCAGGGCGGCCUCCAGCUCCACGCGUUCGGGCAAUUCCGCAGCAUGAACGCCCUCUUUGGUAACCCCGGCAAUGGGCCAGAGCGGAAGAGGCUUGAAUUCAGCUAUGAGGUCGAGGGCGAGGAGCAAUAUACUGCCGUGGCCGAAGACAGGAAGCUCCAUUUGGCCAUGGGCAGUCAGUAUCAGCUGCUGCAGCAGAGGGAGGGCAUCUUUGAUGCUGCCGUGCCACAAGAGGCAGGUCACUUCAACAUUGUUUUCUUUGAAUGCUCGUAUGGCAAAGACAAGCACUCUGAUGUAACCACCCAGCUCCAGGACCUCUCCGCCAAAAAGGGAGGCAAGAGCAUUGAUGCAUUUGGCUAUUGGUUCACUCCCAAUGGAUGCAUGAACAAGGCAUUUGGUGACCCUGAUCCAGGUCAGGACAAGGAACUGGCAGUGAACUAUUACUGGCAGACACCAGUCAUGAGCUGCUCAGCCAGUGAGGAUCAGCAGGUGAGCCUCUCCUAUGAGGCUUUCCGUGGUCUUCUGGAGUCCCAGUAA